CACUUGGCAACCUAACCCUUCUGAAGAAAGUCAACAUGAGAACGCUCGUUCGUUAGUCUAUGGCACAAUGCUCCUCAAUGCAGAUGGCGGCUUUUCACAUCAACGACAAGGCGAAUGGCUGCCAAAGCUUGGCACUCGCUCUGAGGGUAGAUGACCAUUCAUCAGGCCAGCUGGCGGAAGUCUUUCGCAGGGCAGUCCUCCUUGCCCAGGACUUCGGGCCUUGCGAAUCCUGGGAGGCGAAGGAGGCCACCUCGAGGUUUCCAGAGCUCACCUUCCCGGAGCCGUGGUCGAGUUCGCACUGGAGCCUUGCAGCUGUCCGCGGGCGCUUUUUUGGCCUGGGCUUCGGGUCCAACCGCAAAAUCCGCAAUCAGCUCAUGCAUCUAGCAGCAGCGCUUCACGCAGCUGCUGCUAUUUUUACCAGGCCGAGCUGGGAUGGCCUCUUACAGCAGCUUGCCGCAGAGGCAGCGGAGCUUGUCCGAGCGGAGCAAGCACAGAGGGGAGCUGCUCCGGAGACAUCAGGCGGGCCCAGUGCUUCAGAGCCUGCCCACAGCUCUGCAACUUUGCAGCAGGAGCCGACUUUGCCUGAGCGUUUUGGGUCUCCGGAGCCUGCACCGACGCCUUUGACUCUCAUCAAGACUCGGGAGGGCUGGCUCAUUGGGGGCAAUCUCAUCGAGUUCUAAGCUGGAAAGGAGCAUCUUAGCAUCUUCAAGGCCAGAAACCACAUCCAAAGAAGGCCCCAGAGAACGCAUCAGCUCUUCAAUCAAGGCCCAACCAAGUGACUACAUAGUCCAGCCACCUGAUCCUUCAUGCCUGUGGCUUCUACAGUGGCGCGACACGGGUUGCUUUACAGAUAGACUGCAGAAGUCUGGGUAUGCUGAUCUUUGCCAACCCCAUCCAGGGCAAGAGUGACGGUGAAUUGGCACUGCGUGUGAUGGUAUCACGUGCCAGCAAGGACCGUACUGUGGGAUCCGCGAGCCCAGGAAGCAUCAAGAAGCAGCAUCCAGCAAUUAUUCAGAUUAUUCAGGCCAAACUGUGCUGCUUUUUGAUCACGUACGUGGGCCUGCCUUGAUGAGAAGGCUGAAGAUUGAGCAAGGGUGCAUUUUGCGAUCCAAACUACGGUUUGGUUUCUGAUGAUGGCUUUUAGGGCUCAGACGCAAAA